UGUAAACAAACGAUGAAUUUAUAGGUUUAAGUAUAGGUAAGUAUAUACCAGGAUAAUAUGCAUAUAUAUAUUUUUUUUUCUUUUUAUUUUGCAAAAAUAUAUAUUUCUAUAAUAGGGCACAGUAACGGCAUUUCAUUUUAUUCGUUCUACAUACUACCUUAACGUCGAAAUCAUCACGCGUCCAGCCUAUCCAAUUUAUCAUCACUGGCUCAUAGAAACAAAUAACGCAGACUGUAAACACUGUAAACUUAAAAUUUAUGCUAUAUGCAAUAAAGGAUUAUAUAAUCAAAAAUAUGUAAUAACUCCUAUAGGCAUGACGCGCACAUUCUGUACGUGUGCGUUCUGUGCGUGUAUGUUCUGUGCAUGUGUGUGUUUAAUAGAUUAAUUUUUCAAUUUAAUAUAAGGUUUUCAGGUGAAUAAAUAGUUACAUACAAAUGUAACUAUUGGAUUAAAUGGGAACAAUCGAGUCAUCAGGACGGAUUAGCUAAAACUCAAUAUUCGCAUAUACGUCCAGCCUAUCCAACUUUCCAUCACGUUCAUGGCAAUAUGACUGAUUCAAUAAACAUAUAACGAGAAAUGAAAUUGGAACGACGAUCUUAAAGCACGAGAACGUUCAAGAAGAAUUUAAGCCAGCGGCUUGUUUUUGUGCUGGAUUAUUUGCCGGAUAGAAAUACUGUGUUCUGAUUGGUGUAUUUCCGUUCAUUUUCGGAAAUGCAUCAAUCAGAACGCAACACUUCCAUCCAGCAAGCAAACAAUCCAGCACGGAAACAAGCAACAAACAUCGUGAGUCGCUGGCUUCAGUCUUUGUUUUGAAAUAUACAGUUCGCUCUUGGCUCCUGCAAACUCUUCAAGUUAAAAAAAAAACAGAAAGCUGUGAAAACGAACUUUUGUGAAAAAUAGUCAGCAGUUGAGACAUUAUUGGGGCAUCGUUAACUUAGGCUGUUAUUCGACUUAUCUUCUUGUUUACUGAACUAGACAUUUAAGAAAUAAUAAAAUGGACUCGUUAAUGUAUAAGAAAGAAAAUGAAACAUACGUCCAGCAGUUCAAUUUUCCGUUUUGCGAUGAGUUGUCGAAAUACGAAAAAAUUGUUAAAAUUGGUCAAGGAACUUUUGGAGAAGUGUUUAAAGCGAAGGACAAGGAUAAUAAAAAGUUUGCAAUAAAGAGAAUACAGAUGGAAUGUGAAUCACAAGGAUUUCCUCUAACAGCGUUACGAGAGAUAAAGUUAUUACAAGUGUUGAGCCACAAAAAUAUCGUAAAACUUAUAGAGAUUUGUAGGACAACAGCUACCGAGGAAAAUAAAUAUUGCGCAUCAUUCUAUCUGAUAUUUGAAUUCUGUGACCACGAUCUGUCUGGCUUGUUGUCAAAUGUAAAGGUAAAAUUUAGUCUGGGAGAGAUCAAAACAGUUAUGCAACAAAUACUCAACGGUAUUUACUAUAUUCAUUGUAAUAAAAUUGUGCAUAGAGAUGUGAAGGCUUCUAAUAUUUUAGUAACCAAAAAAGGCGUAGUAAAGAUAGCUGACUUUGGCUUGGCACGAGCGCUCAGUGUAAAAGUAUCUGCUUAUACGAAUAAAGUUGUCACUCUAUGGUAUCGACCGCCAGAACUGCUGCUCGGUGAAAAAAAUUAUGGACCGUCUGUAGAUUUAUGGAGUGUGGGUUGCGUCAUGGCCGAAAUGUGGACCAGGUCACCGAUAAUGCAAGGAAAUAGCGAGCAAAAUCAGCUUGUAUUAAUUUCGAAUUUGUGCGGCUCGAUAACAUCCGAAGUAUGGCCUGAUGUAGAAAAGCUCGAUUUGUUCAAGACUUUGGUGGACCUCCCCAAGGAACAGACAAGAAAGGUCAAAGAUAAAUUGAUGCCGUACUUGAAGGAUGAACACGCUUACGACUUGUUGGAUAAACUCCUAACUCUCGAUCCUAACAAGAGGAUCGACGCGGAUGAAUCGUUACAUCACGAUUUCUUCUGGACUGAUCCGAUGCCGUGCGAUCUUGCCAAUAUGUUAGAACAACAUCAUCAAAGUAUGUUUGAAUACUUUGCACGUCAAAAACAAUCCAGCAAUACACAUCAACCUCAAAUAUCACCCUCUGACGAAACACCCGGCCCCUGUACCCCUACAACUGACAGAAAGUAAAUUUCAUGAACAUAUCUUCUAGCAUAUGUCAUUCCAAAAUGUUUAAACUAUGUUGCAUUUUCGUUAUUCGUAUGCGAUAAAGGAAGACUCAAUUUUAAUCUCAUAUCAAGAAUAAAUUCUGUCCAAUUUGUUCUCGUUAGAUUAGGUUUAGAAAAAACAUUUGGAAAGAAGAGAAAUUUUAUUAUCUGACUCUUUUUUUUUAUUGUUCUCUUCUUUCCGUACUUUUUUUUUUUUUUAAUUGAAAUGUUACGUUAAGUCAACUUUGGAAGUGAUUUUAGAAAGAUUUUAGCUGUUUACUAGCAAAGUUAAUUUUUAUAUAUAAUACCUCUUAGAAGAAUAUUUAUAUAGUUUUUUUAUACAUAAUACCUCUUAGAGUAUUUAUAUAGUUAAAAUCGCCGAUUUAGAAUAGCGGCCCGUUCGUCUCUGUAAAGUUGUCUGUCUCUUUCUUCUCUCAAAGUGACGUAAAACUUUCAAGAUUUACUGUGCUGGAUUAGCAGCCAUCAAAUAUAUGUCCGUCUUCACAUUUUGUAAUAUCGCAUUUAUGCGUAGACACAGCGCAGCGUACCUUCGCGCAUGACCAUAGAUCUCAUAUCGCAAAGAAUCAGUUGCCAAAUCGAUUGCGACCUUAGAAUUUCAUUGCGCGAAUUCAAUAAAUAGUAGCACUUUCUUUAUUUCAAUAUAUCAGUCUUAAUUUGUUUUUCCUUAUUUUCGCCGAUCCAUCCCGACGAUCUCACAUUAAUUCUCCAACUCGAUUAAACGAUGAAAAAGCAACUUUUACGGUAAUUUAACGCUCAAUCACUUAAGCAGCACGGCGAAACCGUUUCCGUCGUAUGUGUCGCGAACUAUCCGGGACGUGAUAAUAUAUACAAGAUAUUUCAUUUUAAGUGAUAUAUAGUAUUCUUGUAUCUAUUAUAUCCAUAUUAGAUACAAGAAUACAAUACACUAAGCGUUU